AUGUCUUCUCCCCGUGCUUCGUCUCCCACCGGCGCCGCCACCGGCUCCAGCGUCCGACCCGCCUCGCCCUCGGUUCCCGGUGGUCCUAGGACCGUUAUCCGUCGAAGGGCGGCUGCCGACCAGAAGGAGAAGAUUGCAAAUGCGCGCCCUAGCAGCACUCGUGCGGCGGGCGCUGGUGGCAGCAGCAGCACCAUGCUGAGGCUGUAUACCGAUGAGUCUCCUGGCCUCAAGGUUGAUCCCGUCGUCGUCUUGGUUCUGUCCUUGGUCUUCAUCUUCAGCGUUGUCGCUCUGCACAUCAUUGCCAAGAUCACCCGCAAGUUCUCCAGCUAA